GAAUAAACGAAACAGGAUAACUGUGUGAGUACACACGCAUACAUACACACCUGUCAACGUAAAACAAUGAAUAAAAUCUGCUCUAGUGUGAUUCGGUGAGCUUUCCUGUCAAAAACAACAGGGAGUAGAAACGAAAGACCAAAAACAAAUUUUUCUACUUGAUUCCACAAACCCGGAACAACCUGUGGACAUACGGAACACGCAAUUAUUGUUCGACCAACAUCAUCUUCCUGCUCUGGAUUAACUGUGGCUCUCUGCAAUCGCAAUUGUUUUGGAAACCUUUGUUGUGUGUGUUGUCUAUUGGUCAAGGGUAUUUACUGCGACUACUUUUCCUAACCCGAGCCAACAAUAGUACACAGCCCAGUGUUAAUACGACGAUUAUUAAAAAGGGAAUUUAGAUUGAGUUCCCACUUCGCAGGAGUCUGGCUGUGGAAAACCUUUGAAAACGUGAAUCCUUCCAAUCAGCUGUACUGGCAUACUGCUUGCAAUUCCAAUCCGCUCAGAUAUUGGGAGGUGGUAAAGAAUCUAGCUUUGUUUUCGGGACUCUUUGAACUCCCUCACCUUUGUGACAGUUAUGUUUAGCUUCGACGGAGAAUUUCGCCGCCGGCCGCAGCAAAAUCUUGGCGGAGCUUCACUGAAAACGGAUCGCCUGACGACGAUCCGGAAGGCACAGCAGGAGCGCCAAAAGCGGGAGGAAGCUCGACGUCAUCAGUGUGGUGCGAUUGUGAUACAAUCCGCUGUCCGAAGCUUCGUUCAACGGCAACACACAAAGCAGCGAGAGCGGGACAAAUUUGAUGAGUAUCGCAAAGUAAACGGUGCCAUACGCAAUGGACCGGAUCUGGAAUUUUACAGCAAACGGAUCAUCUUUUUCUACGUACAGCGCACCGCUCAGGACGGGGAUCGAUUGAUCUUUCUCUGCCAGUAUAUGAUCAAGCAUCCCGGCGAAGUGUUUAAGCUACUUGAUCAAGAUUCAAUCUGGAUGUAUCGCAUCAAAAGGCUGCUUGGAUUAUGCUUGGGACAAAUUCUAGUACCGGAAUGUUCACCGACAAUACCGAUGCGCAUGCUGGAGAUCUAUUCCUCAAACACAUAUAUUACGAAGCAUAUCCCACCGAGCGGCACGAAUCAUUCGCAGUACAUCCAGCAGUACCUAGUGUCCAUCUAUAGUCAUCUCAUUGAGCGACGCUACUUCUGCGUGGUGCGGCAACUGAUCGAAGAGAAGGUGCCGGCGAUUGAUAUGGACACAAUAGCGCUGGCGAAUCCGAUUGCCGAUGCACUUUUCGAGAUGCUUCUGCGCCCAUUGCAGCUGAUCGAUCCGGAAGCGCGAGAUCUGCUAAGCCGACAGAUACUGCAAUCUUUCACCUUCAAUGUGCUCUCUCCGCACCAUCUGUCCGAUCAGGUGAAACACUUUGUAUUGCCAGCGUUAGGUGUAAGGAAAGACUUCCCCUACUGGACGCUGGUACGCUGCAUUGCUGAUGAGUAUCAGCGACAGCUGGACUAUCGGAGCACGAUUCUGAUCGAUCUUACGGAUGACACGAUGGGAUCGACGGUGGGAGGUGGUGGUACGGGAGUUCGCAUGGGUGGAACACCGAAAAAGGCACGCAAGGAUCAGUCCCAGGAGGAGAGGCUACUACUAAGCAGUUCUUUGUUAUUCGCGUUUUUAAAGCUAGACGAACGGCACUUGGACGAAACAUCUAAUUCUAAAGAGCACUUCAGUGCUUACCUCAAAGUGAUCGCCUCCAUGGUGGACAACUUUACCAAACUACCUCGGAAGACGAUCCGUUCAUCGAUCAACCGGCCGCUGGACGAUUCCAGCGAUUCUGAUUCUGACGGAGAGGAUGGGCCGACAUUGAGUCCGAGGGAAGCGACACUGCUGCACGCCAUCAUUGGCAUGCUCAACGAACGGCGCCGUGUGUCGUACAUCGUGCGCAUGAUUGAGGCAGUGCUGGAUGAUCCAUUGGCGGUGCAGAAUCUGUGCCAAAUUUGCCACCAGCUUAUGACCUACAAUCGGAUGGCGGUGUACGAGUACAAGCUAUUGUACAUGCUUGCUUCCAAGCCGCUGAUCAUCCGGGGGCUUUGGUACACGCUAACUGCACAUACGAUGGGCCCAAUGUUCAGCUCCCCUAUUGUGCGUCUUUCGAAGGGCAUUAACAUCUCAAAGGAGGAUUCCGAUCGUACCAUUCCGAUAUUGGCGUCGUUCUGUGCACUGUUCGGUCGGUUGAUCGCUUCCCUACACGAUGGUGAAUUCGUUCAGGAGAAUGUGCUGCCCGGUACGGUUAGUAACAUCAUGCCCUUCAGUAUACCGGAACUGAUACCGCUCAGUACAACGCUGAAGGAAAUUUCGCUCGGGCUUGUCGAGCUAGCGUUCCCCGAGACGAGAUCCAACCUGCACGAAAACUACCGCACGAUGAUAUCCUCGCUGAGUGCGGAAGCGCGUGGCCUUGGUGCCCACAACAAACGCUCCGAGCGUCAGCAGCUAAACGAACAAAACCGUCAAAUAUGGCCCCAUCUGUUGAAAGUAUGCGUUUCGCUACUUCGACAGAUACACACACGGGACCUUCGUCGGUGCUUUUGCCCCGAGGGACACUGGACGGCACAGAAUCUUAAUCUUCCACUGGAUAAACCGGCCGAUUUACAUCUUUCUCGCGGUUCUCGCCGGGGUCCGCGACCCUUUCAACCGAUACGCGAUUUUACGCGGGAAGAUAUCGAAGAUGGGCCACCACUUUCUACCAAGCAGAUCCGUUCAAUAACGAUCUUACGCGAGAUUCCGUUCGUGGUGCCGUUCAAUACGCGUGUCGGCGUGUUUCAAGGCCUGGUAUCGGCCGACAAGCUACGGACCCAGGGCGACUUGCAGGGAUUCUUGCAGGGUCCCUCUAUUAAUAUUACCGUCCGCAGGUCCCACCUGUACGGGGAUGCGUUCGAUAAGCUAAGUCCAACCAAUGAACCUGAUCUAAGGCCCAAGUUUCGUAUCGAAAUGGUCAACUCAGUGGGGUUGCGUGAGGCCGGUAUUGAUGGAGGUGGCGUUUUUCGGGAAUUUCUCUCCGAGCUAAUCAAAUUGGCGUUCGAUCCCCACCGUGGGUUCUUUAUGAUUACGAAGGAUAAUAUGCUGUAUCCGAAUCCGUGUGUGGGGAAAAUUGUGGAGGAUUUCCAGCGUCACUACUACUUCAUCGGACGCAUAUUGGGGAAAGCGUUGUACGAAAACCUGCUAGUUGAGCUUCCGUUGGCUGAAUUUUUCCUCUCGAAGUUAGCCGGCAAACACUCGGACGUGGACGUACACCAGUUGGCCUCACUGGAUCCGGUUUUGUAUAGAAAUUUGAUGUCUCUGAAGGCUUACGAAGGAGAUGUGGCUGAUUUAGGAUUAGAUUUUACUAUCGUCUGUGAUGCGUUAGGAGAAACAAAGGUAGAGGAACUAAAACCGAACGGCGCUAAUAUCAUCGUGAACUCGACGAACCGAAUCGAGUACAUUCAGCUCAUGGCCGACUUUAAGUUGAACCAGCAGAUCCGAGCGCAGUGCGCCGCUUUCCGUCAGGGAUUGGCAAAUGUGCUCCCAAUCGAGUGGCUGUACAUGUUCAGCAACAAAGAGUUACAGGUACUAAUAUCGGGCGCUGAGAUACCGGUCGAUGUGCACGACCUGCGACAACAUACACGAUACGGUGGUGACUUUUCGCUCGAGCACCAUACGAUCCAACUGUUCUGGAAGGUGGUGGAACAGUUCGAUGACAUCCAGAGGCGACUGUUGUUAAAGUUCGUUACGAGCUGCUCGCGACCACCGCUGCUCGGUUUCAAGGAUCUCGAUCCACCAUUCUACAUACAGAACGCUGGUGAUACCGAUCGAUUACCGUCGGCUAGUACGUGCAUGAACCUGCUAAAGCUACCGGCGUUCGAGGAAGAGGACGUCCUGCGGGAGAAGCUACUGUACGCAAUUCAGAGCGGUGCCGGGUUUGAGUUGAGUUAAAAUAUCGGCCGGUCCUAUUUUAUGGGGGAACGGUGGGAACAAGGUGAAAUUACGGGCAAAUGUUCUUAUGACAGUAUCCUUAACAAUGAUUUUAAAAUAACAGCAUAUCCAGUUCCUUCACCCGAUGGCUUCGGGUUCCCAUUUCGUUCGGUAUGAGUGUAGUAAAAUGCGAAACAGUCUGUGGACAAACAACCCAGUAUAUGAGAGAACAUGGGAAAUCAAAUACAAGAGAGAAACAAAUGUAUAAA